CCUGUUGACAGAAGGGGUAAAUAUAAACUAGUUUUUGUUAUUUUUUUAUUUCUCUUGGACUAGAUUGUGUAAAUCCCAUGUGUAAAGCGUUCGGCAGCCGUAGAUCGAAAGCAGUUGAAUUGCAACAUUUGUUAUUUCAUUUCUGUGUAGCAAUUGAUAAUUGUGUAAUUGAUUUAUUUGACCCUUUAUGCGUUACUGUGAGGUUAUCAGAUCUGAAUAACAUUAAUAAUUUUCUUAUAAAUUGAAUUGAACUAUUUAUAUUCCAUUUACAAGUCUUCUACACGUGAGUUACGUGUUUGGUGGGUCAAUUUUAGCUGCAUUUCGGUCACCAGUUAUUUCUUAUAAGAGUCAAAAAGUAUUAUUUCGACAAGUAGACAGGAUGAGUUCGAAAAUCUUGCACCAGACUGUAUGGGACAGCGAUCCUGAAUUAUUCGAAAUUAUCAAGGCUGAAAAGCAACGCCAACUAAAAGGCUUAGAAUUAAUUGCAUCGGAAAAUUUUACCUCAAUGGCAGUAUUAAAUUGUCUCAGUUCCUGCUUGACGAAUAAGUACGCUGAAGGACUACCAGGGGCAAGGUAUUAUGGUGGUACUCAAUUUGUGGAUCAAAUAGAGUUAUUAUGCCAAAAGAGAGCGCUUGAAGCAUAUAAAAUAUCUGCUGAUGAGUGGGGCGUUAAUGUUCAACCUUACUCCGGAUCUCCAGCUAAUUUUGCAGUGUAUACAGCAAUUGUCGAGCCGCAUGGAAGGAUUAUGGGAUUAGAUCUUCCAGAUGGUGGGCAUUUAACUCAUGGAUUUUUUACUCCCGCAAAAAAGAUUUCAGCCACGUCUAUUUUCUUCGAAUCCAUGCCAUACAAGGUCAAUCAAGAAACAGGCUUGAUAGAUUAUGAGGCUUUAUUAAAAACAGCUCGUCUAUUCAAACCGAAGAUUAUUAUAGCCGGAGUCUCCUGUUACUCAAGAGCGUUAGAUUAUAAAAAAUUCAGAGAAAUUUGCGACGAUGUCGGUGCUUACCUAAUGGCGGAUAUGGCACAUAUAUCAGGCUUAGUAGCUGCUGGUGUUACAUCAAGUCCGUUUGAGUACAGUGACAUCGUCACAACCACUACCCACAAAAGCCUUCGAGGGCCGAGAGCUGGAGUAAUUUUCUUUAGAAAAGGGUUUAGAACGAAUGCAAAGGGAGACAAGAUUCCAUACGACUUGGAAAGUAAAAUUAAUCAGGCUGUAUUCCCUUGUUUACAAGGUGGCCCCCAUGAAAACGCAAUUGCUGCUAUCGCAACAACAUUCAAACAGGCUUCAACUCCAGAAUUCAAGGAAUAUGCUCAGCAAAUUAUAAAUAAUGCAAAACAGUUAAGCGAAUCACUUCAAUCUAAGGGUUACAAAGUAGUGACUGGUGGAACAGAAGUUCACAUGUUGCUGCUCGAUUUACGGCCAUCUGGAAUAUCAGGAGCAAAAGCCGAAUAUAUUCUGGAAGAAGUGUCGAUUGCGUGCAAUAAAAACACUGUUCCUGGAGAUAAGAGUGCUUUGAAUCCUUCCGGAAUCAGAUUAGGAACUCCUGCACUAACGACCCGUGGACUGAAAGAAAGUGACAUGCAACAAGUUGCAGCAUUUAUAGAUCAAGCAAUCAAACUAGGCAAGGAGAUCGGCAAAGAGUCGGGACCUAAAUUAGUCGACUUUAAAAAGUCUGUUCACUGUGGUGAAUGGAAUUCUAAAGUCGAAUGCCUUCGCAAUGAGAUUGAAGCAUUCAGCGAAAAAUUCCCCAUGCCUGGAUAUGAUUGUUACUAGAAAUCGAUUACUGAUCAGGCAAGUCUUUAGGCCUAAGGUUUGCAUUAAUGUUAGAACUUUAUUAUUUUCGGUACACUGUCAUAGUACAGAUGUAAGCUGUGAUUUUCAAAUCAUUAAACGACAAUCCGUGUGCUUAUACAUUAAUCAUAUAUUAUUGUUUGUAUAUCAUGCCACAACUUUUUAUUACAUUUAUUAUAUCAUACAA